AUGAAUCUUAUUCAAUAUGCCGUCGAGGCCGAUGGGCCAGCACUCGCCAAAAUCAAUGUUUUCAGUUUCCACGCCCGUCUUGCCCUUGGCCAAAUCUUUCCACAGUCUGGCAAGACUGUACUCCAAGAGUAUAAGACCCAUGUUGGAAUGAAACAUCUUGCAAAUCCCAACAUGCAUGUUCUCAAAAUUCACAGCGACAAUGGCGAAGUGGCCGUCUAUGCUCGCUGGCAGCUUCCGCCUUCAUUCGGACAAAGCCUCGUCACGCUGAGUGAUCAAGGCGCAUUAUCUGCCAAAGACCCCGUUGCCUUUGCGCCACAGCCAAUGAAUACUGCGGUCUUUGCUGCUUUCAAGGGGGUCCUAGAAAAGAGUCGCAAGAAAUAUACGACAGAAGAGGAUAUAGUUCUUGAUCUCUUGGCUGUUCUACCCGAGUAUCAAGGCCUCGGAUACGGCGCUGCGAUGUUGAAAUGGGGUAUCGAGAAAGCAGAUGCUACCAAGUCACGUAUUUACCUUGAGGCUACCCCCGAGGGCGUUCCGGCCUACCUCAAAUAUGGAUGGAAGCAUGUGGAGGACGUCAGACUCGACUAUGCGGAUUAUGGCGGUGCUGGAGUUGAGACAUAUUACAUUAUGAUCAGGGAUCCGAUCCCAUGA